CCAUUUGCAAAGGACGACGGGAAAUCGGGAAAUUUAAACAUGGAGGCAGAACAAAUUCUUCAAGAGAGAAGUAGAGGUAGAGGUAAAAAGGAAUAUUUAGUAAGAUGGGAGGGAAAAGGACCAGCAAAUGAUUCAUGGGAAGCAGCUUCAAGUGUACCACAAAAACUUGUCAAAAGAUUUACAUCACCUGGAAAGAAAACACCUGCCAAAAGGUCAAGAACUCGUUCAACAUCCAGAGGCAGAGGAGGUCGCUCUAGAUCAAGAACACGUAAAGCCAGUAAAUCACCCUCUAGGAGAAAAUCUGCCCCUACUGGGGCUCCAACUAGACAGUCUAGAAGAUCUAUUGUAGAAACUAAAACUCCGGAAUCUGAAGUUAGAACAGAAACUAUAACAUCAAAGACAGACAUUUCUCAGAAUAAUAUUGGUACAGUGACAAGGACUGUUACAGAAGAGAAAUUUGUUACUGUGAAAAAAUCACCCAUCAAUAGAUUAUCAGACUCUGCCCCAGCAUGGAGGCCACAACUACCAGACGUUGGCCGAUAUUACAACUCAGAUUAUGCCAUGAUUAUAGUUUUUACCUGUGUCACUAUAAUUACACUAAGUUUUGUGUUGGAAAAUAAAGUAGACUUUGCAGCAAUAUGGGAAUACUUAAAGAACCUUUUCAACAGUCUAGUGGUCAUGAUGACUAGUUUGUUUCCAUCUUCACCUGAAACCAAAUCUACAGGUUCUCAGACAGGGAAAUAGAACAUUGUCCAGUUGUUUUGUGUAUCGGUCACAACCUGUGGCAGCUAAUGUCAUCGAUCACACAUUUAACCAUGUAUUGAAAUUAUUAUAGAUGUAGAGUAGAGACUUCAUAGGCGAACUCACGUCUGGUUCAGGUUAUCACUUUUAUAAGCAGUCAGAAAGAUUUAUUUGAAUGCAGUAGCACCCAUUUUUCUUGUGACUUGAUAGUCCAUAAACUUAAUAGCAGCAUAGUAAAUUGCAUAGAACAGACAUUUUCUACAUGAAUGAUUAGAAUGGCUUGUGGAUUUGGAAAUAUUUUAGAAUGUUUCAACUUAAUAAUGAAUUCGAACAGUCCAUCAUAAAGCAACUGACUGAAAUUUAAUUUUAUCACUGUCAUCAUGAUUAUGCACUAAAAAAAUCAGUUUGAGAGAUUGAUAAACUUUCUGCAACUGAUUUGUUACAAACAUGUGUGCCUUCUGUUCAGACUUCAAGCUUCAUUAAGCUUUUACUGAAAUUUUUGAAAUUGGAAGAGAAGGUAUCUAUGUCUAAAACAAAGGUCAAUUAAGAAUUCCUAAAACAAAAUAUUUUUUACAGACAAUCUUUUCUGGUAUAAUAGGCAAUAAAGAGGAGUUUUUUUUUUUUAAAUGAUGUAAAUAAUGACAUGUUUGUAAAUACUUUUUAUUUCAUGAAUUUUUCAAUACGAUAUGAAUUGAAACAUUGCAUACUUUUUAUAUAUAAUGACAAACAUAUUAUGUACGAAUUAGUGCUUUUAUAAGAUAUCAAAUUUAUAGUAAGCUUAACUACGCAGAAUUUUAGUUGCACCAAAUUUUUUGGUGUUGUCAGUAUUUUAGUUAAAAAUAUUAAAUUUUUUUUACUGUAAAACAGCUACAGGUGAUAAUGUGUUUUAAUGUUCUUAGGUUGCAUUUUGAGUUUUUAAUGAUUUUGACUUUGCUUUAACUCUUGUCAGCAUUAUAAUAGCAGUGUUUCAAUAUUUUUUUUUUAAACUGUUGUACUUUACAUGUGGCUUUUUGUUCUAGAAUUAUUAGAUUUUAUUUAUUUGUCUAAAGAAUGCUUUGCUUAAUGGGGAAAAAAGGGAACAAGUGCAAAAAAAUAACUGAGGAAAUGAUAAUAAUUGUCUUACACUUUAUAAUUUAUACUGUCCAGUGAAUUGAUAUGAAAUUCAUAAGAAGUGAUUCACUUAAUUGUAAUAUAUCAUAUGAAUCAUAACUUAUGAUAUUAAAACUUUUAACAUUGAUGUACAGGAACUUCAUCAAGUUAACUCAUUUCAGUAUUAAUAGACUAAAGUAUAGUCUUAUUUGGAACGAGCUCUGAUUUUUUGAUUAGCUUUUAAAUAUUUUGAGAUUCUGAUACGUUGAUUUUUCACAAAUGUUCCAUAUUACAUGUACUCUCUUUUUAAGUCAGAAUGGGGGAUGUUUUUUGUUAUAAACCUGUGUUUUCAAUCAAAAUUUCAUAAAAAUCCACCUACAUUUUAUAUUUUUUAAACCAAUCCAUAUUUCCAUGUGUUAAAACAUUUGAUAGAUGUAUUUUAUUUGUGAAAUUUUCUUGUAAAUGUCUUCAUUUUACAUGUAUCAUAUACAUCAUAAUAAAUGUAAUAUACUUAA